AUGAAGUUCGUGGUCGUGCUCGUGAGCGCGGGCACGCUGGCCUUCCUCGGCGCGGUCAUCUGCAUCGUCGCCAGCGUUUAUCCCCGUACGCGGGCCGCGCCUCCCGGAGACAACGGCACGCUGCUCGAGCCCCCGGUGGCACCGGAGCACGGCUCGGUGGCGCGCGCCGGGCCGCUGGGCGCGCUGCACGGUGCGGAGUCCUACGACGGGGAGAACGGGCUCGGCGGCGGCCUGGAGGUCCCCCCUCGGAACGAGCUCCACCUCGGGGAGGAAACCGGCGGCGGGGCCGCGAAGAAGUUCCUCUUCAGCCGGUUGAUCUGCACCCCGGUACCGGUCGGGGAAUGCAAAAGCAAAGACCUGAGGCAGCAGGCCGACGACCCGCUGUACGGAAACACCGGGGACGAAGACUGGACCUACCUGCGGACCACCGCGGAGCAGCUCCGGCAGAUGGUCCUGCAGCAGAACGACCAGAUCCUCAUGGACCAGAGGACCAUCCGGGAGCUCUCGGGGAAGCUGAGCGAGUGCGAGAGCGGCCUGGAGGACGAGCGGAGCGUCCCGGAGCGCAGCGUCGGGGUCUGGAGCGGCAGCCGCCGCGUCAUGGCCGGCGACGACGUGAGCUCCUCCGCGGCGGCGCAGCUGCAGACGGCGCGGGCCGUGGAGGAGCUGGCCCGGGCCAUCAUGGACCUGAAGGACCGCAUCGAGAAGCUGGAGAAGGAGAUCGGUCCGGCCUCCUUAAACCUCACCGACUGGUCCUCCAGCAGUCCGACCGGUAACGCCGGCAAAGCUCCUGCUCCGCCCACCGGCAGCACCUCCUCCCCUCCCCUGGGGGGUCGCCGCCCCGCCUCCCCGGCCCCCAGACCCCAACCCAAGGGCCCCUGGAGCGUGGAGGACCUGGAGGGGGAGCUGGAGAGGAAGAUCAAGCUGCUGAAGGAGGAGCGUCUGACCAUGAAGGCGGAGACGCAGGACCAACACCAGAAGAUCAACCAGGGCAUCGACACCGUGAACCACCGGGUCACCGAGCUGGAGCAGACGCUGACGGAACCGUCCUUCCCCGACGGCUUCGUCCUUUCCUUCCCCAUGAGGACCAACUACAUGUACGGCCUGGCGAGGAAGGAGGUCACGGAGAUGUACGCCUUCACCGUGUGCGUGUGGCUGAGGGCCAAAGAGGACGGCAUCGGCACCCCGUUCUCCUACUCCGUCCCGGGGCAGCCCAACGAGCUGGUGCUGCUUCAGGGAGUCCACACCCCGGUGGAGCUGCUCAUCAACGACAAGGUGGCGCAGCUGCCUUUGUCCCUCCCAAAGGACCAGUGGCAGCAUAUCUGUGUGAGCUGGACCCUGAGGGACGGGGUGUGGAAGGCCUACCAGGGGGGCAAGAUGAAGGGCCGGGGGGAGGGGCUGGCUGCCUGGCAUCCAAUCAAACCAGGAGGAGUCCUCAUACUGGGACAGGAACAGGACACACUGGGCGGGCAUUUCGAUGCCUCCCAGGCACUGGUCGGGGAGCUUUCCCAGUUUAACCUGUGGGACCGGGUGUUGAAGCCGGCCGAGGUCGCCGCGCUGGCCGACUGCAGCUCCUCGGCAUUGGGCAACAUCGCCCCCUGGACCGACCAUGACGUGGACGUGUUUGGCGGCGCCACCAAGGAGUCCCUGGACCCGUGCCACGCCGCCCAGAGAUCCAGCCCCUCCAGCCCCCGACAGUGA